AAACUGGAAAGUUGUCCUGGUUGGGAAGUUGCAGGGACGUGUUCAUCCUCUGGUCUCCUCAUUCCCCCCCAAUAUUCUGACGUGUCCUGUUUUUUUAAAUCCCUCAGACUCUGGACUUAGUUCAAGGUCCGUGUGUACUGCCAACAACAUCCCGACAGCCCUGAACACACCCCCACACCCCCAGGAGUGUCAGUGCACUUUCUGGAAUCAGUCUUGAACUCUCUCCUCCUCCUCCAGCUCAGCCCCAGCUGAUGCCACGGGGCACUCUCUGAGGUCUCUCUCUCUCUCCCCCAGGCUCCGAUGCUCCCUCUCUCCCCCUGCUCUCGCCUGCUCACUCCCCGGAGGAGCCCUCUGCUCAGCUCUCUCUUCCUUCUCCUCCACAGGGAGCAGUCCUCUCACAAGGACAGCAUGGCCAGUGAGGAGCUGAACGGGGUGGCCCGUGGCCCCAACAAGGUGCUCACUCUCGAGUCCAUGAACCAACAGAUCAAGAAGGUGGAGUAUGCAGUGAGGGGCCCCAUUGUGCUCCGGGCCAUGGAGAUCGAGAAAGAGCUGCAACAGGGUGUGAGCAAACCCUUCUCUGAGGUUAUCAAAGCGAAUAUCGGAGAUGCACAUGCCAUGGGACAGAAGCCAAUCACCUUCAUCCGACAGGUUCUCACUAUCUGUACAAAUCCAAACCUUCUCUGUGACCACAGUGUGCCUGAAGAUGCCAAAAGCAGAGCAAAGAGAAUUUUAGAUGCAUGUGGAGGAAAAUCUAUUGGUGCCUACACGGCCAGUCAGGGUCUGGAGUGUGUUCGACAGACUGUGGCUAAAUACAUAGAGACUCGAGAUGGAGGAAUCCCUGCUGAUCCGAACAACAUCUUCCUCUCGACUGGAGCCAGCGACGCCAUCGUGACCACUCUGAAACUCCUGGUAUCUGGCGAGGGGCGAUCAAGGACUGGAAUAAUGAUCCCCAUCCCACAGUACCCGCUCUAUUCAGCAGCGAUUGCAGAGCUGAAUGGAGUCCAGGUCAAUUACUACCUCGAUGAGGAGAACUGCUGGGCACUGAACAUCGAUGAGCUCCGAAGGGCACUCAAUGAAGCCAGGAGCUACUGCACCCCAAAAGUACUUUGUGCUAUUAACCCUGGGAACCCCACAGGCCAGGUCCAGAGCCGGCAGGUUAUCGAAGAUGUGAUUCGAUUCGCUGCUGAAGAGGGUCUUUUCCUGAUGGCAGACGAGGUCUAUCAGGACAAUGUCUACGCUGAGGGCUGUCAGUUCCAUUCCUUUAAGAAGGUUUUGUUUGAGAUGGGUCCUGAGUAUUCCAACAUUGUUGAAUUGGCUUCGUUCCACUCCAUCUCCAAGGGUUAUAUGGGAGAGUGUGGUUACCGGGGGGGCUACAUGGAACUCGUCAACCUGGAUCCUGAGGUCAGGAUGCAGUUGAUCAAACUGGUCUCUGUCCGUCUCUGCCCCCCAGUGUCGGGGCAGGCAGUGCUCGGAGUGAUCACAGACCCUCCUCGGCCCGAAGAACCCUCAUAUGAGAGGUUCAUGAGAGUGAUGCGAAAUGUCGGGACACAUUCAUGCAGUAACCCCAGUGUCCUUCCCCACCAGGCUGCAGGGCAGACCCCAGACAUGUUCUUCUGUAUGAAGCUGCUGGAGGAGACUGGCAUCUGUGUGGUUCCAGGGAGUGGCUUUGGACAGAAAGAGGACACUCAUCAUUUCAGGAUGACCAUCCUCCCCAAGACUGAGAAGCUGAAGGUGCUUCUAAGCAAGCUGAAGAAAUUCUACCAGGAAUUCACCCAACAGUAUUCCUAACCAUCAGAGUCUGUCCCCAACUCCAUGCACUGCGGGAGUGCACAGGGACAAACCUGUCAGGUUAUCAAAUGUGCUAGCAAUAGGAACGUACACACAUACAGUGUACAUCUCGAUGUUUCAGCAAGGGAGGCGGGGGGGUGCAAUGCAAAUCAAUAAAACAAAUGAUCUGCCCUAGAACCAAUCAAACACAUCGUUAGGUGAAGGGAUAACAAAUGGGAGGGAAGGGACAGAUAUGAUCAAGAAAACCAUCUAAGAUGAUUCUCUAUAAUGUUAACAAUGCAAUAAUCUCAAAGUUAGGAUGAAGUAAUUGGAACUGUCUGAUUUCCUCAUGGUCUGUAUCUGCAACAGGAACAAUUUUCUGUGAUCCUCGUUGAGGGGAUCACUCCCUGUGUGAACAAUCUCAUCUUGGACUUUACAUUAAUAUUCUGCAUCAGGACCAAGGAAAUUGCAGAAUUAAAUAUUAAUUGUCGUUGAGGAUUUUCGCCGGUACUGUCCAAAGUUACCAGUUUUAAGCAAUGAUUCAGACUUGGGUUAAAAGCUAGGAGUUCAGACACGGCCAAUCCUCAACCAAGGGGUGGGAGCAAGACAACAGGCCUCAGUGCCAGAGGAUUAGAGCCAAGAUUUCUGAUCCUGAGCCCGGAGAACCAGCAGCGUGCC